AUGGCUAUGCUCAGCGCUGCCAGCCGAAGUAAACGGCUUCACCCUCCUCCCAUGGCCAAAGAGACGGCUUCGAAGAGCGAAUCACGUACCAAGGCCUUGGGUCCUCCCUACGACUACCAGCGACUGAAGAAAUGCAAUUCUCAACAAGCGUUGGAUAACCCUGAUUGGCGAACUCGGCCCUCUGGCAGUAGCAGCUCACCAACCAUGGAUGAUGAGCAGGUUUGGAGGAAUCUGAUAGGUGCUGGGAAGCAGUGGAUUGGAAUGGAUGCAUUCCCGACUACUCCAUCCGCCGGGGAAAGGAACCACGAGGCCCAUCUUGAAAAGGCAAACGACUCGUCACAAGAUCGCGCGACGGUAAGCAGCGACCUGAGAUACCAUCGACGGAAUAUUUUUGCAUUGUCUUCUGAAAUGGAACCCAAGAUUAUGCAGACUAUGGAGGAAGAACAGCCCGUUCCAUAUGGGAUUUUGAAGCAGGUGUGCCUGUCGUCUUCGAAAGAACAUCCCCUGAGCCUCUUGGAAGUUGCGCCAUUGGGAAGCAUCCCUAGCUUUUUGUCUCCAUCCGUUGUGGACAUUCGGCCUCUGAAGGGAAACUUGAUGCAAAGGAAGCCAGGCAACGGCCAGGACGAGCAACUCACCGCAGCGCUCAAAGCUGCCGAGGCCACGCCUCACAAAGUUCGAAUGCACAUGAGCCAGCGAAGUCGCCACGAUGAGGCGAAGAUGAAGCAUGUCGCACCAGACGAAUGGCGAGCACAAAAGGGUGUAUUCGAACUGCCAGGCAUUGUCACUGCGCAGAGAAACAGAGCUCACGAUUGCUCCGACGCGAAUCGAUUGUCCCCCAACCAGACAGCACGUUUGGUGAACGAGGAGAGGCCCAAGGAGGCGUCCGAGACUGACAAGGACCAGGCUUUUCAAAGGUUUCUAAAGAAGCUAGGACAGAAAACCAGAGACUUGCCAAAUGUCAAAUUGCAGGGGCGAGACAGGGUGGACAGCGGCUACGAAGAUGGCUCAAAGGAAGAGCAGAGCGGAGGCUCAACGGAAACUUGCAUUUUGAGAUUCCGGACACACGAGCCCUACGAACGACAGCAAAUACCUCUAGAGGCUUUUGCAGGCCGCCGCACACGAGGGCCUGAGAUUGCGCACAAGGAGAACGCAAGCCUCGCAGCAGAGCAGUCUACCAGAUUCAAGAGCCUGAAUCCCAAAGCACGAGAGUUUCUCUCAUUUGUCUCCAACCGAAGCUCCAACUCGGAAGACGACAGCAUGGAGCCCCUUGCAGCCUUUGCCCCGGAGCCCUUUGCCAGCAAGAGCGGCCAUGCCAAUGCCAUGUCCUUGGCAGGACUUGGUCUGCCAAACGUUUCCUCGCUUCAGCAGCCGCCGCCGCCUUAUGGGCUUGCGCCGCUUGCACCUACUCCUGAUACGGCCGCCGACGCCCUGGCGCUCAAUAACUUGAUGGCGGGAAGAUUGAUUCCGGUGCAGGUGGGAACGGAUCAGCUUCAGCUUGGAGGCCAUUUCCCGACAUCUGCUUUGCCGAUGCCAUCAGUAACGCCGCUACCUUCGCACCUACCACCCAUGUUUCGGCCGCCGACGGUACUGCAGUCCGUGUCUAUGAUGAGCAAUCACAUGUCGGGGAUCCCGACGGUCCCUUCUAUGGCGAAUACGGCGUUUCCCUUGGCACCCAUCUCCAACCCUUGUUUCAAUAUGCCAUCGUGCCAAAUGCCGCUCAUGACGGGUGCUCGCUGCGCACCGCAGCCGGUGCCAAAGCCUCGACGCCCAGACCCAGGAGAUCAACAGGCAUACGAGGCGUAUAUCGAGUGGCGCAAGGCAAACGAGCCAGGCUAUGCGUUGGAGUGCCGUUUGAGACAACAGCGACGAGCCCAGCGGAGCAUGACGGACAAGGUACCGCCCAAGACGCAGCAAGUCAAGAAGGACGACGCCUCCACCGAGGCGUGA